UUAAGUUUUGAAAGGAUCUAUUUAAAAAAAUUAAAAAUAAAAAAAGUUCAAAAGAAAUUCUCCCUUGGCCAUCUCUCUUGUGGGGCUAGCAAAAUAUCCUCGGAACCGGGUCCGGGCGCAGUCAACCGCGUAUCCGCUGCCCGCCCGCCGCGCCACCAAAUCCGCUCCGCUCUCCGCGGUCACCGCAUCGCGUCGCGCCGCGCGCGCGCGGCGAGAGCGGGGAGACAGACAGAGACAGGAGGAGGCCAAUGGGGUCUAGGGUUGCCGCGGAGGAGGCCGACGCCGCGGCGGCGGCGCUGCUGACGCUCCAGGAACUUGCUGCGGCGGCGAGGCGCAUGGAGCGUGUGCGCGUGGUCCCCAUGGAGGUCGAGGCGCCCGCAGCGAGACCUCCGCAUCCGCGUCCGCGUCCGCCGCCGUCGCGGGUCCAGAGGCUGGUGGCAGCGCUGCGUGGCCGCUACUCGCGGGGCGUGGAUGCCGUGCUCUACGGCUUCAUCGGCGCGGUCUGGGUGGCCCUCGUCGCCGGGUGCGUCCCCAUGGCCGUCAGCCGCUGGGUGGGCGUCCAUGGCCACGCCGUGGCGGUGGUCGGCGGGGCUGUGUCGUGGGUCUCCGUGCGCGCCAUGGGGGUGCUUGCCCCGGCCUUCGUCCCGCUGUUUGUGCUGCGCGGGAUGGACCGUGGACGCGCCCAGGUCGUCGAGGUCCGCGACGAGCUGGAGAACUCCAAUGUUGCUAGAGAGAACCCACCAACUGAUGGAAUCAAUCCUGAAAACAAUGGAGCAUGGCGUCAACUAGCUAAACAAGCCAAUUCUGUUGCCAAAGUAAUCUGCAUAGUCUUCUUUCUGGUCAUCCUUACUGGCCUGCUGAUAAAACAUCUUGCACCAGUAAAAAGAUCUGAACUGUGGGCUGGUGGAUCUAUACUUGUUGAAAUUGGAUUCUGUGUAUGUUCUGCUCUAUCAAGCAUGAUCAUCCUUCCAAAGCUGGUAUUUGAAAUGAGGAGGAUGGGGGUGCUGUGACUGUGUAAUAUUGCCCUCUUCAGUUUUUCGGACACGUGGCUGUUUUCUGUGGCUGCCUGACUGGAGAUUUGAUCUGGCUGUGCCGGGUGAGAACUGAGAAUUGCGAAGGCGCAGCUGGUCUGUUGCAGCAAACCUCAAAGAACCUCUGUUACAAGAGUGAAUGGGUGGUGAUGAGUGAUGGUUUCUUUAAUUGGUCCUCCAAAGACGGAUGACAGAUGACAGCUGAGUAACCUGACAAUGUUUACACGGUAACUGAAAACAGGAGGUGUUUUGCUAUAUAAUCUACCUUACUGCCUGCCUAACCCUAGAUCGAUCGAUACGAGACUUCUGGUAUAUAUGCACUGCCUUUUGGUGGUUUGAGACUAUCUGUUCAUCUAUUUCCAUGCCAUGUAGUGCUACGAGCUUUGUUAGGCUCAGCCUCUCUGUUAAUUCGUCUGUUCCUUCAAGCUGAACUGUGUUAAGUCUGUGACUCUGCAAGUUUUCCCUGUAACGAAGUGUUCCACUACUGGGAGGGGUAGAUGUGCAAAUUUGAUGUUUCAA